AGGGUCAGGGCUAUAUCUGCUACAAACUUGCAUCUGAGAACCAACCAUAUUUACGUCAGUUCAGAUGAUAUUAAAGAAACUGGAUAUACAUAUAUUCUUCCGAAGAAUGUACUUAAGAAGUUUAUUACAAUUUCCGAUUUAAGAGCACAGAUUUGUGCCUUCCUUUAUGGCGUAAGUCCACCGGACAAUCCUCAAGUCAAGGAGUUGAGAUGUUUAGUGCUACCGCCGCAAUGGGGAACUCAUCAAACGGUUCAUUUACCUACUAAUCCGCCCACUCAUCCAUUCCUAAAAGACAUGGAACCUCUAGGAUGGAUUCAUACACAACCCAAUGAAUUGCCGCAACUUUCACCGCAAGACAUUAACACGCAUUCGCGAUUAAUGGAUGAAAAUUCCAAUUGGGAUGGCGAAAAAACUAUUAUCAUUACGUCUUCAUUUACACCUGGUUCAUGCUCUUUGACUGCUUACAAAUUGACACCAUCAGGAUUCGAAUGGGGAAAACAAAAUACUGAUAAGGGCAAUAAUCCCAAGGGUUACCUACCCAGUCACUACGAGAAAGUACAAAUGUUACUAUCUGACAGAUUCUUAGGGUUCUUCAUGGUACCUUCACAGGGUAGUUGGAAUUAUAACUUCAUGGGUGUACGACAUGAUCCUAGUAUGAAAUAUGAUUUGCAAUUGGCCAAUCCAAAAGAGUUCUAUCAUGAGGUUCACAGACCAGCUCAUUUCCUUAAUUUUUCAUCUCUGGAAGAUGGCGAUGGUGCUGGGGCCGAUAGAGAAGAUGCGUUCGCCUAACAGUUUUUUUACGUUAUUUUUAUAUUUUGAAAUUUGGACUAUUU